AUGUCGUUCGGAGCCAAGAAGUUUAGAUCGAGGAGACAACAGUUGGCUUAUGAAGCCUCAUUUGCUGGGAAAUACCAGAAACGCCUGAAGAAGAAUCCGUUUCUCUAUUUUGGAUUGCCUUUCUGUGGGAUGAUAGUAUUAGGUUCAUAUUGGUUAGCAGGUUUCACACAGGUAAAAAUUGAUCGUGAUGAUAGAAGAGUACAAGAGAUGAACGAAACUGAUAUUAUUAAUGUCAAGAAGAAUCAAAGAAAAUUCGAUAUAAAGGACGAGUAUUAUAAAUUGCAGGGUUUGUCAGAAGAGGAAUGGGAACCUGUUAGGGUGAAGAGAUUAAAGGAUGAAUCUGAGAAUGUUUGGUAA